ACUGUGUCGUUUUAAAAAAAAGGCCCAGGGUGAAGUGAACGCGACAGCCAUCUCCAACCUGCUGCCUUUCAUGGAGUACGAGCUACACACGCAGCUGAUGAACAAGCUGAAGCUGCGGAGCAUGAACGCUCUGUUUGGCUUACACAUACAGAUCAGUGUCGGAGAAAACAUGCUCCUGGGUUUGGCUUCUGCUACAGGCGUGUACCUGACAGCCCUGCCAGCACCAGGUGGCAUCCAGAUAGCGGGGAAGACUCCUGGUGACCUGAGCAAUGAGCACCACAUCCUCACCAUCCAGAAAAGGAUCAAUGACACGAUAGCCAGGAACAAAGAGCUCUAUCAAAUAAACCCUCCGGUGAGACACACAAUGGAUGCAUGGACAGGAAAUUAAUGUAUGGAAGAUGAGAUUUGUGAUUAAGUCUGCAAAUUAUCCCUUAAUAUUCCAGAUUUUCGCUGCUAAAUUUAUACAAUGUUUAUUUCAACACGACAGUAGCCAGCAUGUCAUGUGGGUUUUAGCCCGAAAUAUAAAUACUGUAAACAGAAAAACAAAAAAAUAUUUAAAAAAGAUGUUUAGAUGUGCUGGAAACUUUGCA